CUCUUCCAUACUCUGAUGAGUGUGAUGGCGUUCAAGUUUGUCCUGCACAUAGGAGGGAUGCUGAUGAUCGAUUCCGGACAAUGCACGCGACGAGUCCAAAGGGCGGUGCAAAAGGUACCUGGUAUUGUUGUCGAAGUCUGCAUGACUACAAGUUGGCGAUGAAGAAGUUCGCAAGCGAUGCUGGAUCUUGUCGCCGCAAGACAAUCAUGAAAACUAUAACAUGCCAACGGUCUGCCGAUCUGAAUGUCUGCUUCUCCUCAAUUGUAACAUAGCUUCUGAGAUUUCAAGUCUCCAACCAUGUGUUUUCAGAGACGCAAGACUCCUGCACGAUUUCCAGACUGCACUGGUGGGACGGGACCUUGCAGUACCCAUGAUCCUGACCAUGACUUCAUUCAACGGUGCCCAGCAGCCAUCGCCAGGAACCGUGACUGCGAUCAGCCUCGGCCAACCUCCCAGGCGAGUUCAACGAAACGCAAGACGGACUGUCCCAAGCAUAGAGCCCAGAAGAAGGGCUCAAAUGAGCCAUCGCGACGACAGCGUGAUGGUACCGGAGGUGCAUCUGGGGGCUCCGCCAGCCAAACUCCACAAGUCAGUGUGA